GUGAUGCCCCAGCGCGAAGGGCAAACCGCACACACGCAGGUCUGCCGAUGCGGGCCGAGAAAUAAGACUGGCUCAAUUCUCUAUAUUUUUGUCUGCUCCGUUUAAAACGGCGUGGGCCUCACACCGGGAAGAAACGGCGUUGACGCGCUGGAAGGGGACGGCGCGGAAAAGCAGCAGCGGCAGUGAGAGGCAAGUGAGAAGGAGCGGAGAUCAUCGUAGCCGCGUGGAGUAUCCUCGUACGUGUCUCCCAAAGCACUCAGAGACAUUUGACGGAGGAAACUCAAAGUCGUUUACAUAAAUAUCUGCUAUUUCUGGUAUUUGUAUAUAUAUAUUUUCCCUCCUCUCUCUUUUCGCCGUUUCACUCCCUCUACGCGACAUCGACCCAUCUGCUUGUAUUGUAUUGUAUUUUCAGAAUGACGUCUCCGCCCAGUUCAAAGCCUUUUAGCGCUCCGCAGCAGCUCGCCCGCAGCGCCGGCGGAGCGGCGUCAUGCGGCGCAUCUCGCAAAAGCACUCGCCGCGGAGAUGGCGAGGAGCACCCGUCUAGCGCACCGCACCUCGCAUCGACCACCGCCCUGCAGCCUCCACCGCCCUUCGGUGGACGGGUCGACGCCGACAACGUCGCUCCCACCUCUUCUGUGCAGACGGUCGCCGGUGGUGGGGGCGGUUGGGAGGCUUCCCUCUCCCCCAGUAGAGGGUACACGGCGACCUGUCGAGGUGCGGGGCAGGGGGCGCUGCAAAGAGAGGCCCCAACACAUUCACACGGCAACGCUGCCCCGUCCACGGAGCCGCACCUCUCCCAUUCUUCUUCUUCACUUCCACAACAGCAGUCGCCGCCGCCGCCGCCACGAGCGGACCUCCACCGCUUGAAGCGACGCCGCACGGAGCAGGCCAGCUUCACCUCGCUCUACAAGGAAAUCUGCAUGUACCUCGACGCAGUCGCCGCGACGCAACAAGCCCACCAAAUGGAAGCGGCGCACGCGCAGGAAGGUGCAGAGGAGGACGCACCGGCAGAGAGGGAGCAGGUGCGUGACAGCAGCAUCAGCAGCAGCAGCUACGGAGCUGCCGCUCACGGCUACUCCGCCUCCGCGCCGCCCCCUCCGUCGUCUUCAGCCUUUACGUUUGUGUCUGCGUCGGGACCCCUCAACACGGGUGCAUCGUACACCACUGCUUUCGAUGAUAUCGGCGGCGCCACUGCAACGUCACCCACCACCGCACCACCGAUGACGGUGGAUGCCGCCGUGGAAGACACGCUGCGGGUGCUGCGGACCUGCUGGGAGUACCGCGGAGCCCCACAUGACGCCUUCGAGCCGGUGCGGCUGCUGUCGCCCAUCACCGUCCACCUCCUCACCACCUACGGCCACCACACAGUUACCCGCAGCGGCGAGUACGUGGUGCUGCGUGGCGGAGCAGAACAGCUGCCCUGGGUAGGCUGCCUCUACGGGAUUCUGCAGUCGUACGUGUAUCGGGGGCGGCAGCAGCUACAGCAGCAGGGCCACCGUCUGCACAGCGGCGGUAUCGGGGGGCCUGCGGAGACAACAACGUCAGGGAUCACCACCACUGCUGAUCCGGUGCUGACCGGCGAGCACAACACCUACAGUAGCAGCAUCUCUCGCGUGCUCCUGCUGAACUGCCACAGCUUUGGGUGGCUCGACCACGUCGGGUCCGACGAGUACGAACGCAGUCACCGCCGCCUCUACCAAGCACGGGAGGCUCUCGUCAGUCUGCUGGAGGAUGUGCGCUACGCCACACUGGGCUGGAGGGCGUCGUGUCCGCUGUGCUCGUCGUCGACAGUCGGCGGCGACGCGAGCACAUCGGUGCUGCUGGGCGACACGAUAGUCAUGGAGGGCGGCGCGCCUUCGCUGGGACUGGCCUCAUCGCGUAACACCUUCACAGCGCACUAUCAGUACGGCCGGGGCAUUGCCUGUUGUGUGCCGGAGCAGCGGCCACCUGCCCUACUGAAGACGCGGGGGCAAACAUGCGAUGUGGUGGGUGGCAACCACAGCAGCUCCAACAACAGCGUCGGCGGUGGCGGGCAGCGGGAGGGAGCCGCUCAGUUCGGGUUGUGUGCGAUGCAUCAGAUGGCACUCGAGGAGGUGAGGCGGCACAGCAGUCCGCGCUGGCCCGCGCCGCCAGCUCCCAACACCUAUCAGGCAGUGGAAGAAGCGGUGCCUCGCCGCAACGGCAGCAACGGCGGCGGCGGCGUUCACCGGUCGCACCCAUCUCCUCCCACACCACUGUCCGCCUACGACCCCCUCUCGAGCCCCACACUCGACGUAUCCCAUCUGCCGGCGGUGAGCUGUGGGACGUGCAGGGCAGCGGGGGUGCUGGGUCAGGCCGUGCUGAUGGGCCCCACCGGGCCGCUGGUGAUCCACCUGCAGUUCGAGGAGCGGGAGUGGCUGGAGGCUGCGGCACCGUUGAUGGGUCUGAUGGGCGGCGAGGUGAUGGCGCGUCCGGUGCCGCACGGGGGAUGGACGCUGACCGAGACGACCGCCGUCUGCCCGGCACCGCUCGUCAACACCGCCGCCCUCCGCACCGACCCGGCCGGGGCUCUGGCGGCGGUGCUCUACGCGCAGAUGCAGGGACACGGCACUGCAGGGCUUGCACGGACACCCCACUCCGCUUAUGCUGCGGGAGGUGGUCGCAGCAGUGGGUCGGGCCUAAGCUCUUCCCCUCCCCCGUUGACGGCCAUCCCUGGUGGUGGGGCCGUGUCGCUCCCGGAGUUCGUGGAGUGGCUCGUGGGGCUGCUGCACACCCCUCCCCCUGCCCUCGUGGUCGAGUGGCACUCCUCCUCCUCCAUCUCCGUCUCUUCGUGCUGCUCUCCAACAACUGGGACGCAGCCACUCCAGAUGCGGUAUUCUUCCGCGGACUCUUCACUCUAUCCGGAGUACGCGAAUACCACCCAAAUGGCCGCGCCGAAUACACAGGCGUCCUCUGCCUCUUCUGCAGAGCUACCGCACCCGUGUCCGCCACCUCAUCUUGUGCAUUCUGACGGCAGCAGCAACAACCAUAACAGUGGCAACUUCCCUCCUUCCCCGCCGUCGGUGCCUCUGGGCAUGUCCGUACGGCCUCGACACCCCGCUGUCCCACAGCUGCUGGAGACGUACGCGGAUGUGGUGCGGAGCCACCCACCGACUGACACGGCGGGUCUGAGUGCUGCCGCUGCUGCAGCGUCGUUUCCUCUUUCAACGGCUGCACCACACGCCACCACAUCCACCUUCGGCACUCACUACAACUUGCAGUCGAUGCUCACGAGCGCGUCGCUGCAGGCGGCGGAGAAGGAUCAGGUUCUGCUGGAAUGGGUGCAGGCGGCUCAAAACGCACUGCGGCCCUGCGAGGCCACCGCCUACUUCGACAGCGUGGAUCGUCCGCUGGUGUUGGCGAAAGGGCUGGAGGUGGUGAUGGAGGGAGAGCGCUACGUGAAUGCGAACUCGGUGGCAACCUCCCUGCAGUUCCGCCCACGUCUCGCGGGUCUGCGGGACCACUACGCAGCGGCCGAGUGA